AUUAAUAAAUUUAGUAUUAUUGUUUUGACAUUUUUAUGAAUUUCAUUUAUUGGAGUAUGAAUAUAUUUACCUUCUUGAUAAUUAUGGUCCAUAUUAUAGAUAGUUAUUUUUGUUUGAAGGAAUCAUGAGUGCUCGACGUGGAGGUGCUAACAAUCGCAACAACAGAAACAACAGCGGGAGCGGUGGAAACAAUAACAAUAAUAAUGAAGGUGGAAAUAUGUUGAACCAGCUCGCGCAAACCUUGGCAACACUUGUUGGAAAUCAACAACCAGCUCAACGAAGUAUUGUGUCAGAAUUCAAGCGUUUGAACCCCCCAACAUUUGAUGGUGCAACUGACCCUGCUAUUGUGGAAAAAUGGAUCCAAGAGAUGGAAAAGGCAUUUGAACUGAUGGGAAGUAAUGAUGGGCAAAAGGUUACUUUAGCUGUGUAUCAAUUACAGGGCAGUGCAUAUGAUUGGUGGCUGAUGGAGCAAAGGAGGAAUGAGGAAAAUGCUGAUCCGAUGACAUGGGAUAGAUUCAAGACGGCAUUGACAGAUAAAUACUUUCCAAGAACUAUUCGUGUGCAAAAAGAGAGGGAUUUCAUUAGGCUUGAGCAGGGAGAUCGGACGGUAGUAGAGUAUGAAGCAGAGUUUGCGAGGCUCUCCAAAUAUGCUCCUACCUUAGUUGCUGACGAGAUCAGUCGGGCUAGAAGAUUGGAGGAAGGACUUAGAGAAAAUAUUAGGCAUGCUGUUGCAAAUUUUGAGUUAACCACGUAUGAGCAAGUACUUAACAAGGCAUUAGUGGUUGAAAGGGGCAUGGUCGAGGCAUUAAAGAAGAAAGAUGAAGAAACUAAGAAGCGAAGCGAGCCUUCAGGAGGAUUUAAUGGUACUGGAUCGUCGAAGAAGUUUAACAAUCGAGGAACGGGUGGAAAUGCAAACAAGGGGAAUCAAGGGGGAAAGCUUCAAUGUUCAAGGUGUGGUCGUAAUCACUUGGAUAAGGACUGCCGAUGGAACACAGGAGCAUGUUUCAGUUGCGGUGAGAUGGGACAUAGAGUUGCUGAAUGUCCAAAACGUGACCCAACCAGAGACAAAGACAAUGGGAACAAAGCAACCUUAGCGGCUUUACUUGGUCCAAAUUAUGGGCGAGUGUACCAACACGAACCGAAAGAAAAUUAAGGGCUCAGUGCUGCGAGUUAUAAGUGAUUGUUUUGCUAAGGUAAGAUUACUUUUCGCACUUUCAAAAUUGUUUCAAAUGCUUUAUACUGCUUUGUUAUGAAAGUUUGGGAUUGAGAAAAUAUUUUAGAUAUAAGAAAUUCCCAGCUAGCUAUGAAUUAUGAACCUGUUAGUAAUUGCGUAUAGUUCCGGAACUAGAUUAUGAUACCUUACUAGGGCGUGCUUGGCACAAUUUAUGAUACCUUAGUAAGGGGCGCAUUAUUGACACCUAUGAACCAAUGAUACCGUGCCACCGGGUAUUAGUGGCCUAGCGAACUGUGGAAUUUACUUUAUGAAAUAUUGGUUUAUGAUUUUUGGUUAUGAAAUUGUGAACAAUGGCAAGUCUUGAUAGUUUUUGGUCUGUUAGUCGAAUUUGUUUUCUUACUGGGCUGUGUAGCUCACGACUUACAAAUUUCAGGUUAAUGUUAUUGGCAAGGCUUUGGAGUUGGAUUUGA